AUGCAUUUGGUAACAGCUGAGACACUGUGCUUGUUUUGUACUGAUGCAGUUUUACCCAGUGACUGUAACGUCAUAACAAAAUGUGGACCACAUGAGAGAUGUUAUGUUAACAGUUACGUCACUUCAAUUGGAACAAUCAGAUAUAAUCUGGGAUGUAAAGACUCGCAGAAAUGCGACAACACAAUUUUAGUUGGCAGACGAGAGGAACCAUCUGGUCAAAAUACAUUACUAUCACGUGACAAUUCCCCACAUUCACUGGGCGAUGACGUCAAAAGAGCGACUGGGACUUUGAUAUGCGGGGAAUGUUGCGUAGGAGAGUUAUGCAACAGUGCUGGGUGUGGGAACACUGGAUUCCCAGCUCAAAGAGGCCCAAUUUGCUACAGUUGUCAGGAGCAAAACGGUACGAACGAUUGCAAUAAAUUAGCCGUGUGUGGUCGAGAUGAGGUCUGCAUGCUAGUUGCAACUCAAAACCCAAUGACGCAUGCGCACAGGUAUCAGACAAAAUGUGAAGGGAAACAGAGAUGUGAAGACGAAAUGGGCCGGCGUCAGACGCCAUCGUUAUCUAUAUUUGGAAGGAAACGGGCGUCAAAUACAGGUAUCAACUGCGAAGUUGAGUGUUGCAGCGAAGAUUUAUGCAAUACAAAAUGCACCCCGCGAGAUACGUCCGUCUGUACUGGAUUUGGCGCUUUGCACAUACAGUCUCUUGAUCAAUAUCUUACAAAGAACUCAACCUAUAGGUUUCCGAUCGUGUUACCUGGAAAUUUCGGAGACUAUAUUUUGUAUAAAAGUACAGCUCGAAAAUUUCAGCCUGGGUUACAGAGGAUUUACCAUACACUUAGCUGGAUCAACGACUAUGGCUAG